AUGUUAUUAAAAUAUCGGCAGCUGAUAGUCCCACAACAGACCUUCUUCCGCUCUCUCUAUAACUCUAAUUUUAAGGAAUAUGCAACUGCUGAGUUCCUGAACUCUGCAUCUGCUAAGUUCGUCAAUCCGAGAAGCCAUUUGGUCGCAUCAGACAAGGUCUCCCAGACUUUCGAUGCCGAGAUAUUGGCAGGUUUGGACGACCGGAAGGUGCUGUCUCUGUUUACGCUUGGGUUCUUCGGUGGAUUUGUACUCAGCAUCGAGAGGCUGUUUCUGAAAGCUGGCGCUUGGAGAUUGCUUCCUGUGGGUUUUACAAGUGUGUCUACCAUUACCCUCUGA